AAAAGCAGACGUUAGCGCGCGCUAACAUCUCAAAUCGUCCCUCUUCAGUGAGAGUGUUGUCCGCGCGCUGCACGUCCGCUAACCAACAACACAAAGACAGCACCGUCAGAGGAGUCUGUGUCUCUGCUGCUCGCUGAAAACUCAAACUGCCGCCUCCUGCUUCACGGAGCGACGCCACGCGCGACAAAAACAACCUCCUCCUUUGAAUCUACGCAGACUUCAAACUCCACAGCCACCAUGUUUGAGGCUCGCCUGGUGCAGGGAUCCAUCCUGAAGAAGGUGCUGGAGGCUCUGAAGGACCUGAUCACAGAGGCCUGCUGGGACGUCAGCUCGUCCGGGAUCUCCCUGCAGAGCAUGGACUCCUCUCACGUCUCCCUGGUGCAGCUCACCCUGAGGCACGACGGCUUCGACUCGUACCGCUGCGACAGAAACCUCGCCAUGGGAGUCAACCUCAGCAGUAUGUCGAAGAUCCUGAAGUGUGCAGGAAACGAAGACAUCAUCACCCUCAGAGCGGAGGACAACGCAGACACACUCGCCCUCGUGUUUGAGACGCUCAACCAGGAGAAAGUUUCGGAUUAUGAGAUGAAGUUGAUGGACCUGGACGUGGAGCAGCUCGGUAUUCCAGAGCAGGAGUACAGCUGUGUGGUGAAGAUGCCCUCUGGGGAGUUUGCCCGGAUCUGCCGCGACCUGUCCCAGAUCGGUGACGCCGUCAUGAUCUCCUGCGCCAAGGACGGAGUCAAGUUCUCCGCAUCAGGAGAGCUGGGCACAGGAAACGUCAAGCUGUCCCAGACCAGCAACGUGGACAAAGAGGACGAGGCUGUCACUAUUGAGAUGAAUGAACCCGUCCAGCUGAUCUUCGCCCUCAACUACCUGAACUUCUUCACCAAGGCGACGCCGCUGUCCAAGACCGUCACCCUCAGCAUGUCCGCUGAUAUCCCCCUCGUGGUGGAGUACAAGAUUGCUGAUAUGGGACACGUCAAAUAUUACCUGGCACCGAAGAUCGACGAAGAGGCUUCCUAAGGUGUUCAAAAAACGCCCCAGAAAGGGAGAAUAGAGAAAAGCAUGCGACUGGGACUCCUAAAUGAUUGAAGGGCUGAAGCGAUCUCUCGGUGGCGUCUGAUCGUUCUGUCUGAGGUUUCUGAUCGUCUCCCGUCUAAUGAGAUUCACAGCGGGGAGGUGCGGUGUCAACUGUCAUAAACUGUCAUCUGCUGGCAGCGUGAAAGACGCCAUCUGUGUGAUGUGCUUUGACUCUUUGUGUUCAGAGCAGCCGGCUGUGAUCCAAACAGCCCCGGUGUUAAUUCACUUCCCGUUUGUGUCUCUCACUCUCUCUUUUUUGCCCAUUUUAGGAAAGCAGAUAUCAAUUAUCCCAUUUCUUCUUGUAGAUAACGCAUUUGUAAAUACUUCCUGUGGUUUCGCACUGUUGGUCAACCCCAAAUGUUUUUGUAUUCAUUGAGUCAGUCCAAAAUAAAUGAACCAAGUUGUUUCCAAUA